GGCAAGCGCAGCGGGUGCAAGGGCGCGGCGACUGACACGUCCGUGGCCCAGCUCCUCUCCCAGGCAGUCCAGGCGACCGAGGAUGCCGCUCUCCAGGCCGCCCUGAAGCAGCAGAUCGAGAAGAUCAGCAGCCAAGCGCUCCGCAAGGCGGGCGGGGCCUGGACGAGCGCGGAGCACCACUGCGGCCAAUGCGUGGACAACGUGCUGCGGCUGCGCCGGAGCCUCCGGGCGGCGGAGGCCAGGGAGAGCCGUGCCGCGGAGGCCCUGGCUGCCGCGGCCGCGGCCAAGAAGGCGGCGGCCCAUGCCGCGGCGCAGGCGGAGGGAGUUGCUUUGGCAGCACAGGCGUCAGACCUGCCCGCCGCCACGUUCAAGGUGGAGUGGGACGGGUCGUUCUGCAGCUCCCCGGGCGACGUGGAGUGCGCGGUCGAGGGGCGUCAGGCCCUGGGCGCGCUGCGCGCCCAGCUCGUCGGGGUUAAGGACGACCUCGCCGGCAGGGGGUGCGAGAUCAAGGCCUGGCUGGCGAAGGCAGCCGCCGAGGGCCAGGCCCCACCAGCCCCAGCGGAGGCGGCGUCGCCACCAGGUGCUGAGGCCGAGAGGCAGGCAAAGGUGAAAACCGAGGAGGAGGCCAAGCGGCUGUCCGAGGCGAGGUUCACGGCGGAGAAGGAGGCAGCUGCUAGGUCCAAGUCCAAGGGCAAGGACUCGGACCAG